CAUUAAAGAAGAGGAGAAAAUGUGACGUGACAGUUCCUCAGAUGACGAAUAAUAUUAUUGUUUUUUAUAAUUUAAUUUCUGUAUAAUGUUCAAUAAAAAAUAAGUGUACCUAAUACUAUGUACAUAACGCCUAAUUUUUAUUCUGUUAAAAAAAAAUUUUGGCCUUUUUACGAGUAUCCUAUUGGCACAUUAUGUUCAAUGUUUGUGAAUGGAUAACAAUAGGCUAAACCCAUAUAUUUAUCCCAACCCGGGUGGUACUACCUGCACUUGAUAAAAAUUUUUUUUACAAUAAAAUCAAUGCCAAACUAUGCAAGUAUCUACAGAUAAUGAAAAUAUUAAAAAGAAAAGAGAAGAAAAAUGAUGAAACUUAAAGACCACAGGAGUUAGAUCUACGCUAUUAUCAAGAGACACUUGCAAAUCUGCAAUAUAAUCAAAAUAUAUUUAUCUUUGUACUUUAAAAUUAACCAAAAACGUAUGAGCUAGCCUAAUGGCAUACAAAUUACAACAAAUUGUUUGGGCAAAAUUGGUGGGUUACCCUCGUUGGCCGGCAGUUAUAAUUAAUGAAUGGGAAGAAGAUUUGGGAAAGUCUCCCGAAAAAUCAGAAAGAAAGUUUUUCCCUGUUCGCUUUUUCGGAGAACAUACAACUGCAUGGCUGGAACUGAAAAAAAUAAGUGAUUAUGAAAAAAAUAAAAAGAAAUACUUGAAGGCUCCUAAAACGCUGUCAUUCUUAAAAGCUGUCAACGAAGCUGACGACCAUUUGCAAAAGCAAAAACAGGACAGUGGAUACCAUAUCAAUUUCAACAUAUCAAAAUCGAAAAAACGAAAACGGUCUCUCGAGAAAAAAACUCCAGUUAAAAUAGCAAAGACUAGAGCGUCUAUUGCCGAUGAAGACACAGAAGAUACAGGUUAUGAUUUGAAGGAGACAUAUAAUAUUGGUGUCAUUGGCAUGGGACUAGUUGGAGAAGAAAUUACUAAACAUUUUAUAAAAUCGGGUCGCACUGUUAACAUAAGCAAUCGAAGAAUUAAAAAAUGCCGGAAAUUGAAAAGAACAUUGGAUCAGACAAAAAAUAUAAAAAUUAUGAUAACUCCAAGAGCUGUUUUGCUAAAAUCUGAUAUCAUAUUUGUUUGUCUGUCAGAUGACGAAGUUACCAAACAUGUUAUAGAAUGGGAGUUUGAAGCGGCAAGUGAAAUUGAAAAUAUUCUAGAGGGUAAAUGUAUUCUUGUAAUGACUAGAAUUAAACCAGAAAGCUCUGUAAUAUUCAGCGACAGAAUUAAAUCUAAAGGUGGAAAAUAUUUAGAAUUGGCAUUCCAAGGUCACAGAAAGGAGAUUAAAGAAGGAACUAUCACGUUAUAUACUGCUGGAGACCAAAGUUUAUUUAAUAUAUGUCAACCUAUCUUUGAAAUGAUAAGCAAAGCUUCAUACUAUUUUGGAGCAGCUGGGAAUGGAAUUAAGAUAAACCUUAUUGUUCAAAUGAUAAAAGGAGUUAGUUUGGGUGCUUUUUCAGAAGGAAUGUCAUUGGUAGAAAGACUUGGAAUUCCACCGAAAAUAUUUUUAGAAAUUUUUAAUGAAACUGAUAUGAGCUGUACUUAUUUAAGAAACAAAGGGAACUUGAUAACUGAAAGUACUUACGGCAACACGGAGCAACCUCUACAUCAAAUGCAAACAGAUUUAAAAAAUAUAUUGGAGAUUUCUGAACAGGUCCAACAACGAGUUCUUUUGGCAAAUAUGGCCCACGAAAUCUAUAAAGACUGUAUACGUGUACAGUAUGGACAGGAUGAUGUAUCUGCGAUAAUUGUAAAGCAUAAAUUCUAUUAAUGAUUAAGUUAUGAAGAAAUAUUUUUCAAGUGUUAGUAUCACUAUUGGUAUUUGGUAACACAAUAAGGUAAAAUAGUUUCGAAUUGUGUCCCCUCUGAUUUUGUGUUAAAACUUUACAUUUCGCCGGUUAGUAGGAGAAGAAAUAAUAUUUGUGAUACAAUGACUGAAAACAAGAAUUUCAGGUAGUUCAGUUUUGUGAUAUGCUAGAAAACAGAGCCAAGUUGAUUUAUAUUUAGAUCGUGAGAUUUUUGUACUGCAUUGCUAAUUUUAUCGGUAAACUUUAUAUAAAUUUUUCAUCCUUAAAAUAAUAAUUGACACAGUCUAUAACAUUUUUGGAAAAAAAAUUUAAUUUAAGCUUAUGUUUAUACAUCUUUCUAUAAUUUUAUUAAAUUUGUUUGGAGUUUGUACAAUCUAGUACAUUUUCUAGUUCAAUUUUUACAUUCAGCUUUUAAAUUGUGGCAACACUGAGCAUAUCACAAAACUAGCUACCUGAAAUUCUCUCUCAAAAACGUUGUUAGCUCUUAGACUAUUAGAUAAUCAAGCCUCAGAAACCAAGAUUGUUCAGAAAUUACAGAUUUCUGUUUUGUUCUUAAAAUUUGCUUUAUUGGUGUCAGGCAAUUCAAUUUCUUCUGUUGAAGAUGUCGCUUAUAAUAGCCAGCAAAACAUAAUGAGGCGAUUUCAGUUCGGAAAUUUAUUUUGUUAAUGUUCCAUUUUUCUAUGAUUAGGUAGGUAUAUGAAACAAUAUGGUAUUCAUUUGUGUUAACUUUUUAAUAUUCCCAAACUCACACUAAAUGUAAUAUUUUAUGUGUUAUUUGACGAAGAAAGUUGUUAUAUGCAUGCUGAGCUUUUUAUUUUUGAUAGGAGUAGUUAUAAGAUAAUAUGUGUUGAGAAAUAGUUGAAUAAAUGCUUUUCUUUCGAUUUUUUUAAUUUCCAAAUAAG